AAAGCCAGAAGCUAGCCAACCAGAUAGAAGCUUAAAGCUGUAACCCACGACCACGUGGUUUCUACACUUGUAAGCCACCAGAAAGCUGGUUAAGCGGCAGCCAAUGCAUGGGAACCCCAUACAACAACUCAUCAUACACAUACUCGGAGUUUGUAGACUAUUGAAGUUUGGUGGAGAAUCUCACUUCUUUGAAUUCUCCUUUUAUUUAGGAACUGUAGAGGUGAUCUCAGAUUAAUCAAGACCACUUUGUCUUGGCGAUUUGUGGUAAUGGGUAACGAUUUCAACCUUAAAUGUCAAGUGGAAACCAGGAGAGUGCUAUGGCUAAUCGCAUUGGUUCUUGCAUCAGUUUUGAUAAUUCAGUAUUUCGAGCUACCGUAUAGAGAUAGCAUGCUCUCACUGUUGUCUUCUGGCAAGAGUUUCUUCGAUGCCAAUAGCCGGGCCGACAGAGAUGCAAUGUUUAAGGAAAAACAGUUGAUUCCUAGGUCGAGGGAUGAAAAUGUUACAAAUUUUGUGCUAGAAAACGCAGCAAAGAUGAACCCUAGUGCAGAAAUGGCAAAUGAUGUACCUCGGCCAGUUGCGGAGAUUAGUCCACCUUUGUCUUAUACGGUGGAAGACGAAGGUGCUGCCAGCCCGUCAAGUUUACGUUUUCCGCCGGCACCGGAUAGUGGUGUUAAGCAUAUGAUCUGGACAAGAAAUGCUGGUGCUGAUAUUAGUCCAUCUCCUAGUUUUGCAGAAAAUAUCACUGUCUUAGUGUGGGGCGAAAAUGCAAGAAUUGCUCCAAGUCCGAUGAACUUGGAUGCUCUGUUAGCACCCGUGAUUUCGCCGUCUAGUGAUGCAAAGUAUAAGUUUUCGCCACAAAAUGUUGCUGCUGAUAUUAGCCCGUCUGCUAGUUUUGGAGAUAAUGACACCGUCUUAGUGUUGAAUGAGAACGUUGCCUUAGUACCCGUGAUUUCUCCGUCUCAAUCAGUCUCUAACGGAAAUGUGGAUAUCGGGCUUGGGGCAACUGUGGUAGCUUAUAGUCCCCAAACUAUUGGAAACGAAAACGGGACAACUUGGAAACCUUCUCCAACGGAGGAACAUUCUUCGGUGGCUAAUAGUCCUCCUCCUCCUCCAAAGGAAAUGCCGGGGAGACCAUUGGCGUCUGUAGUAUCAAUAUCUGAGAUGAACGAUAUGUUGAUCCGAAGUCGUGUUUCAUCCUUCAUGAAGAGUCCGGUAUGGCCUUCAGCCGCUGAUCAAGAGUUAUUAGGCGCGAGAUUCCAAAUUGAAAAUGUAGCUGUUGUCAUGGAUCAUCCCCGAUUAUACGCACCUGUUUAUCGAAAUCUUUCAAUGUUUACGAGAAGCUAUGAAAUUAUGGAACAGAAGCUCAAGGUUUACAUCUACAAGGAUGGAAAAAGGCCCGUUUUCCAUCAGCCAAGGCUCAAAGGGAUCUACGCCUCGGAGGGUUGGUUCAUGAAACUCCUGAAAGCAAGUAACCAAUUUCUGACCAGCAAUCCGGGAGAAGCACACUUGUUUUACUUACCGUUCAGCUCUCAACUGUUGGUGGACUAUGUUUACGUGCCGGAUUCUCAUUCUUUUCAUGACAUCCUUGAAUAUUUGAAGAACUACCUCGGCACGAUCAAGGAAAACUACCCCUUCUGGAAUAGAACAGAUGGAGCGGAUCAUUUUCUUGUUGCUUGCCAUGAUUGGGCACCUUUUGAGACCAAGCGGCUCAUGGCAAACUGCAUACGAGCAUUGUGCAACGCGGAUGUAAAAGAAGGUUUUCAAUUAGGCAAGGACGUAUCCCUCCCAGAGACCUACAUCCAGUCACCUCAAAAUCCAAUGAAACAAAUCGGAGGCAACCCUCCAUCUGGGCGGAAAAUCCUCGCCUUCUUUGCUGGCAAGAUGCACGGCUACGUUCGUCCGAUCCUACUAAAAUACUGGGAGAACAAAGAUCCCGACAUGAAGAUCUUUGGACGGAUGCAAGCCGGCAACUAUGUUUGGCACAUGAAAAACAGCAAGUACUGCAUAUGCGCUAAGGGCUACGAGGUUAACAGUCCAAGGGUGGUGGAGGCAAUUAUCUACGGUUGUGUACCAGUGAUCCUGUCGGACAAUUUCGUGCCUCCAUUUUUCGAUGUUUUGAAUUGGGAAUCCUUCGCCGUUUUCGUACUGGAAAAGGAUAUCCCGAAUUUGAAGAACAUAUUAGUUUCAAUUUCGGAGAGGAGGUAUGUUGUGAUGCAGCAUCGAGUUGAGCAGGUGAGGCAGCAUUUUCUUUGGCAUAAUGUGCCUGUGAAGUAUGACAUUUUUCAUAUGAUACUUCAUUCAGUUUGGUACAAUAGAGUGUUGCGGUCGGCCCCGACCCCAAGAUGAUUGAUUAAUCUAUCUCGGUCCAUUCGAAACAAAUUUGAUUUGAGUUAGAAUUUUUCAGCCGAAAUUGAAAUAUUCUUUUCCGUUGUGAGGAAGAAUAAAUGGGGAAAUGUA